AGUUGAUAAGCGCAGUUGUAAAAUGAGACAGAUGUUUCUGUAGAGUAAAGUGCAGCAUUAUCGCUUCGCGUGUUCGAGAAUGCGUUUGUAGAAGCGUUAGCACCUGUCACCGCUAAUUAGUGAAAUGUGCCGCGAUUUGACUUUGCGGCGGUAGCAGCAGCGGCAACGAUCGCAGAUCAGCGGGUGCAAGGCGGCGGCAUGUCCCAAGAGCUACCGUUCCAAGAGUGGACCAACGGAGGUGCACCCACGACCACAGAGUCGGCGUUCAGGCGCGAUGGCUCCGCUCCCAACAAAAGCGAAGCCGCAAAACUACUCGAACUGUCGACAGAAAGUGAAUCCGAACCGGAACCGCUACAGCUCGUGCCACCCAAACGGAAGGUGCGCUUUCGAAAGCGGCUGCGUGGCGCCCGUGGCCUCGUGCUGACCGGUGGCCCGCACUCCGGCAGUGCUUGCUGCGGCGGCAGUAGCGAAGGAUGCUUGUCCAUGGUCAAAGUGAUAGGCUUUCUGCUCGGGGUGGCCAUCUUGGUGGCACAGGCCUGGUUCCUGCUGAGCGUGCGAUCCCGCCUUGAUCACCUGUACACAAUCUACCGACAGAACAUGGACGUGGAUGGCAAGAAACUGCCCGCGCAGCUGCACGACCUCCAUGCCCAGAUCAAGGGCCUCGAGCAAAACCUGAGCAGCACAACCGCCGAGCUGCACCGAACUGCAGCGGAUCUUGUGGCACUAGCGAAGCAGGUGGCUGAUCUCAAGGCAACAACAGGCAGCUUGCAAGAGAGCGUGGCUUCGGCGCCUCAGAUCAAGGGGCUCCCCAGUGCCGUUACCGACCUCAAGCAGAAUGUGGCCAACUUGGGCAGCCAGGUGUCCAGUUUGGAGAAUGGCCUUCAGGCCCUCAAGGAGCAACACAACAGCCUGCAGGUACUGCGCAAGGACGUUGACCAGGUCAAGGAGCAAGUCCAGAGGAUCAGCAACGCUUCUGCAGUUGCCGUGGACGAUCAGAGUGCGACGCACACCAGUUUGCAUGAUUUGGAACAGAGUGUGCAGCAGUGCCUGGGAGAGGUGCGAACCGUCGUCGACCAGAGGCUAGUGGGCCUCGAGUCCAGUCUCAAGGAAGUGCACACCACCACCGAGAAUCACACCGACAUUCUGCUGAGGCAGCAGACGCAGCUGGAAGGAGUGCUCAACUGCACCCACACCUGCCCGGCUGACCUGUCACCCAAGAACCUCAGCCUAGCCUUGGAUCGACUGAUGUCCCCAAACGCUACGGUGAACAGUUCCAUUGUGGUGGGCGUUCUGAAGGAAGCCGGUCACCUGGGCGUCAUCUACCAUGGGCUGCAGGCACAGCUUGGUGUCAAUCAUUCGGCAAGCGAUGAAGUAGCCGAGCUCCUACAACGAGCUACCCUCUACUCGCGCAUGCCACCGUCACAACACAGCCCUCAGUCCACUGCCACGCCUGUUCAGCCAGUCGUCAGCAAGCAGCUCAACUCAUCAGAAGGGGACACUAGCCAGGAAGUGGCUUCAACAGAGAAAACCAGCUCUACUACCAAGCGGCCAUGACAAAGGCACCUGAUGACUGCUGGCACGAGUGAGCCGACGUGAGCCAGGCGUCUUUGAAGUCCGUCCUCUGUGGCGCAUCAAACGACGGCAGGCCCGGAGCUACGGCGUCAGCAACACUCCUCUUCCCCCCCAGAAUUACCACUGCCCUUACAGCAGUCUAGAGCAAGCCACGCUGGCGGGAGCCAAGGCCGCAUCUUGAGAAAGCAAGCUACGAUGUUUGCUUGCAUCCUCCUUGUGGAGUUGAGGAACACCUGGGAGGAGAAAUUUUUAUUUCACAGAGUGCUGGGCGUGGCCAGAUAUGGUCACAAACCCCGCCCUUAGGUGACGGUCAGAAGGAAUUCAAAGCCAUUCAUUUCAAGAAUGGCUCUCAAAACGCUAGUGGCGUUUCAUGACAUAAAACAAAGAAAAAACUCGCGUAUCAAUUGACCAAUAAGUCGGUCAGUUCAUCAGGCAAGUCUUGAAGCUGUUAUGCUGUUGCCACUUGGUGGUUAGAAAAGCAACUGUCUCUCUCUUGCAGUUGCAGUUGUCGCCAUAGCAAACACAUAUUGAUCAUACUCGAAAUUCUUAACCACAUGCCACUUCUAUUCUUUUCUCUCUACACUUCUCUGUCCUACCGUCAAUCCUUUGUUUUUGUUUGUUGAUUUGUUACUUUUGUUUAUUUGUUGUUUUUGUUUGUUUGUGUGACAUUACUUGCAUUUCUGCCCUAACAUUAAUCCAGCCACGACCUUUCUCCUCCUAGGUGCUUCUUGUUCUAUUGCCUCCUCCCCACUGACCUGUAGCUGUUCCUGAGGGGUCUAUUCCCAAAGUGCACAGCUGCUGAUCGGAAUGGUAUGUGUACAUAAAACUUAGCUUUUUAACUCACACAAACCCGGACAAUUGCCUCGAUCGUUCGGCAACACAUCUGCCGAAAGCAACAAAUGAGACAUGCAGUCAAAAACUGACUGUAUCACAUGUAUAAAACCUUAAUGUCAAUUGGCUGUUACGCUACUCCAAACGUCUGAUGUGGAAGAGCCUAGUGGCCACAACAGCUGGUGGGAAUAGGCCCCGAACUCGGCUGCUUGCAUAACUUUUUUGCAAGUUCACCUCCCCCUCCCCUCUGCUUACAUUUCAAUGCUGCUGCCACAACAUAGUGAAUAAGGCAACUCACGUCUUGUUUGGGUUCAUUAGAAAGAUGCUUGAUCUAGGCAUUGCAGCAUCCUCAUGAGAGGCAUGAUAAUGAUAAGUAACGAAUUGAGAGGCAUGAUAGUAAGGAGGGAAGCUCAUCAUCACCUGAUCCUGUUUGGCAGCUCAUCUCUUGGUGAGUGAGUCAAUUUUUGCUUGAAGGGGCCAGAGAUUAGCUUUUCGUGCCG